AUGUGCUCAGACUCCAGUGGCCUGGGACACCUCUGCAGGGGGCUCCACAGCCCUUCUCACAUUCCUGGUGGCCUCGGGGCUGCCCCAGCUCUCUCCUGGGUAGGUUAUGCCUCCCAGGGUCCUCAACCUCAGGCGUCUGAGCUGCAUGAGGCCGCUGGCCCUGUCCCCUCAGGGGACACCGACUGUGAAUGCGUCCCUCAGGAGGCCAGCAGGAAGACCAAGAAGAAGGAAGGGGGGGCCCUCCGGGCCCAAAGGGCAUCAUCCAACGUCUUCUCCAACUUCGAGCAGACUCAGAUCCAGGAGUUCAAGGAGGCGUUCACACUCAUGGAUCAGAACCGAGACGGCUUCAUUGAUAAGGAGGACCUGAAGGACACCUAUGCCUCCCUGGGCAAGACUAACGUAAAGGACGACGAGCUGGACGCCAUGCUCAAAGAGGCCUCGGGGCCCAUCAACUUCACCAUGUUUCUCAACCUGUUCGGGGAAAAGCUGAAUGGUACCGACGCAGAGGAGACCAUUCUAAACGCCUUCAAGAUGCUGGACCCGGAUGGGAAAGGGAAAAUCAACAAGGAGUACAUCAAGCGUCUACUGAUGUCCCAGGCUGACAAGAUGACGGCGGAUGAGGUGGACCAGAUGUUCCAGUUCGCCUCCAUCGACGCCGCGGGCAACCUGGACUACAAGGCGCUGAGCUACGUGAUCACCCACGGGGAGGAGAAGGAGGAGUGAGGCGCGGCCCCCUAAUAAACCUGGACGCUGGG